UGUUUGUUUCGCCGAUGCGCAUCUAAAGAGGCGUUCCGUGAUUGGACGGCUUCUGAGAAUGCGGCGCUCUGAUUGACGGAGGGGCUUGGAGGCGGUUGAGGCGUCAGCUGGAGGAAGCGGCAUGCCUGCCGACAACGCUGAGCCAAAUCUCUGAGCGUGGGAGAUCGUCCUAAACCCGCACGCUGACCCGUGUUGGGUAGAUGGCUUUUGCGCCUAGUAAAAAAUAAAACCAUGACUACAGUAGUCGCAAUUUACGACAACUCUCGUAAGUUCCAAGCAAACUAAAGUCACGGGGCUGGCUAUACGCGCAGUCUUGGAUCACCUAUUUAAAGCAAGGGCAAACUGCAUAGAUAGACAUUACUAAUUUUCAGCUGAGUAAAAUCGAAAUAUGCAAAUCUCUUUGGUUCGGUAGCCACACGAUGACUUCUUUCGAGCGGUUAGCGUGCACCAAGCGGUUGUUUUACCUAGCGAGGGCGCCACGUGGGAACUCGGUCUGGGGCCACGGCCGCCAGAAACGGCUGUUCAGUUGUACCCCGUGUCGCCUGAACGUGAUGAGCGCUUGGGUCAUCGACAAAUAUGGGAACAACGACGUGCUGCGGUUCACUAAAAACGCCAGCUUCCCUGUCAUCAGCUACCCCAACGAAGUCAUCCUCCGAGUUCACGCAGCAGCAAUCAACCCACUUGACGUCAGUAUGAGGGGUGGUUAUGGUGCUGCCACCCUGUCUAUGAAGCGAGACCCCCUAAGUGUUAUGCAGACAGGUAGCGAGUUCCCUCUCGUUCUGGGGAGGGAUGUGUCCGGGGUCAUCAUGGAGUGUGGCCUUGAUGUCAAAUACUUCACAGCGGGGGACGAGGUGUGGGCAGCUAUACCGCCAUGGAAACAGGGCAGCUUGGCUGAGUUCGUGGUGUUGAGUGCCAAUGAGGUGUCCCAUAAACCAAAGUCGCUAAGUCACACGGAGGCAGCAGCCAUCCCAUACGUGGCGGCCACGGCCUGGUCAGCGUUGGUCAAUACGGGUGGGCUCAGUAAGGAAAACUGUGCCAAGAAACGUAUUCUGAUACUUGGAGGGUCUGGAGGAGUGGGGACAUUUGCUAUACAGAUGCUGAAGGCAUGGGGCGCCCACGUGACGGUGACCUGCUCCCACAAAGCAGAGCAGUUGGUAAGGGGACUUGGGGCAGACCAUGUGGUAGACUACACCGCCGGGCCUGUUGAGGUGCCCCUCAGUGCAUUGAAAAAGUUUGACCUGAUCCUGGACAAUGUGGGUGGGGACACGGAGCGUUGGGCACUGGGCCUGCUCAAGCCAUGGAGUGGUGCCAAGUAUGUUACCCUGGUAACGCCCUUCCUCCAGAACACCGACAUGCUGGGCAUUGCCGAUGGCAUGCUGCAGACCGGGGCCACCAUGGCAACCAAGGCCCUCAAGCAUCUUUCCAAGGGCGUGCACUACCGCUGGGGCUUCUUUGCACCCAGUGGCCCUGCCCUGGAUAACAUAAGUGAGAUGGUGGAUGCAGGACAGAUCCGGGCGGUGGUGGAGGAGCAGUUUCCCUUCUCCCAGGUCCCCCAGGCCCUCCAGAAGGUGGAGCAGGGACAUGCCAGAGGGAAGACCGUGGUCCAGGGCAUCGGAGACCAGUGAGUCAGCACAGAUGUCCCCCAUGAAAAUCUGUUCGGCGACGGCGAGAGGUGCUCAGAUUGUGUUACAACUGUCUGCAGGUCUGUGUUGGAGAAAUCGAUUAACUGAUUUUAAUUUUCAAAUAAAAUGUACCCUGUACCAUGAAAUCAUAUGGGGAAGAACAAGAAAGCACCUGAAUGGAUAUUGCCUGAUAAAUCCAGGUGAGGAAAAUAAUAUUGACAAUAUUUACCUCAUUUAAGGCUCCAUCCCUGUGUCUUACUAGCGGUGACGUGCUGUAUAUUAAAUAAAGUGGU